AUGUCAUAUCCAGCACCAACUUGUGCCAACUGCGGUACUAAAGCCACCAUCCAGUGCGAAGCCUGCAUGGACGCACCCGAGCACGAACCCGGCGACUCGAUCAGCACCUUCUACUGCACCACCGCGUGCCAAACAGCAGAUCUCCAGAGCCACAAAACACACUGCCGAAUCCGAGCCCAGCGAAAACGGCUUCUGCGUGCUGCAACUAUCCUCAAAGCAGCCCUGCUCGUAUACAGCGAGCCCUCGUACGCGCGAACAAUCGCCGAGCUGGACAGGCUAGAUAAAGUCCUAGCCCUUGCUCACACCUGGGGUGGUAGUUAUUAUCCACGUCUUGAUCCGGAUUCGUUUCUGCCGAAUCCUACACCAGCCCAGAGGGAGGCUGUUCUUAUGUACUCCUUAUGUGGGGGCAUGGCGGCUCGCUUGGUCGGUCGUUUGGCGCAUAAACUUCUAGCUGGCCUUCCAUGUAUCGUCGAACAAGUGCAGGUAAAUGUCAAAACACCAUCACCAAGAACCAAACUCCUCCGCAACCACCACCUGGGAAGUCGAGAGCAUACGGUUCUGAAGGUCGACCUCCUCUUUGGAGGUGGCACAUGGAUUAUCGAUCCGGCAGCCGCGCAGUUCGGAGUGCCGGAUGUACUGUUCCCUUAUCACAAGUAUAUCCCAGACAGAGAUAUCGAUCUCGUUGGUCAGCCGGCUACGUACAAUGUCACCGAGACAUCGGAUAUAGACUUCUUGCUGUAUGAACGGACGCCGCCGCUGGAAGGCGAUAUACGAGAUGCGAUAGCAUUAGAGCGUCCGCCGCGGGCUCGUUUGGCUUCUUUUGUUAAUACCUGCGUUCCGACAGAUAUUCUACUUGGUUCUGCUGCUGAGUUUGAGGCAAAGGUGGAAGCUUUCAAGGAGGCGUUGAGGUUCUAUAUGGCCGGAUCGGAGUGA